AUGACCUGGUCAGAAAGCCUCUCAUUGGUGCUGCAGUGGAGCCACACAGGAAGUUCGCCAUUCGCUCAAACACUAGCGCAUUUGGAUUCCAAUCUUUCUAUCUGCUUUCCAGGGAGAUAUCUUGGAUUUAUUCCACGAUCUCCCUUCUCGGUGCGUGAAUUUGUGAGAAUGGGUGCAAGCCUCUUUGUCAUGUCAUCAGCACGUUUCGAUCCACUCAUGAUGGUGUUGGACUUUCUGAGCCUGGAAUUGUUUUUGUUCCCUCAAAGCCCUUCGCAGCUGGAUUUCAUUGCUUUGGUGCUCUCUUAUGCUCGUGCGGAUCCUUUGCUGUUUCCUCAAGAUCUAUUGAAGGCUUUGCUCUACCUGCUUGUGGCCUGGUGA